AUCAGUAUUUUUGGUCAUUUAAUAACUGCAUUGUGCAUAACGCCUGCAAUGACCUAUAUGAAGGAGUAUGUACCUGUAUCGAUGUCUUUCCCAGUGAUGGACAGAUGUGUGUGACAACAAGUGAACUACGAUUAUUUGAUAUUCUGGUUGAAAUUGAGCUGAAUACCACAAGCACAACAAUGCUCGAUGAACUGAGAAACCGUUUUGCAGAAAUCAGUUUCCCAAUUACAUUUGGUCAUGCAGCAGAAAUUACAGAUGUGGCCAUUACAACAGUGUGCAGUUUGAAUGGUACUGAAUAUCAGUGCACGUGUGAGGAUCAGUACUUAUGGCCAUGUGAAAAGUGCACAGUAUAUGGGUCUUGUAAUAAUGUCACCAAUUCCUCGUGUGACUGCAUCAACGCUCUUCCAAAUGAUGGACACUUCUGCCAACCAAUCAAUGAGCUGAUGACUAACUCUACAUGUCCAACUGAACCACCCCCAGCUGAAUACCUAAUUGAGAUUGAAAUUAGCGCAGUGGAUGUAACUGACCUUUCAGUUUCUGCUGAGUCUCGCAGUCACAAUGUGUCAGAGAUUAUAUGA